UUUUUUUUUUACCUCUAUACAACUGGUCAUCGUCAUCGUCUUCCUCGUGCAUAUGAAUGACGCGGACUGAACGUGACUGCCGCCGGUGGCGGUGAGUGGUACUACAUGUACACAUUUGCUAUCAUAAAAAGCAGCAAUAAUAAUGGCUCUAAAACACCGUGGUACAGUUUUCAGUCAUGAAUACAUUGUCGUCAGGACAGUUUUAGGCAUACAAAUGAGAAGUAAUCUGCAUGCAGAAGCUCAUAAAAGCUGUUCGUGCUCUCCAUGAAGGCAGCGGCUUGAAGCUUCAAGCUUUGUCGGAACAGCAACAAACAUUAGCCAAGCGUUGGGCCCUGGGAACGGAUUCUGGAACCUUCUGGGAUGCUUUUAUUGUGGCGGUGUGAGGCUUCUAAACGGACUAGAUCCAACCUGCACAGCUGGACUUCACUCACUUGCACGAGCUGUGCGGGAAGAGCGAGAAGUCGACACCUUGCCGGAGAGGAGAGGCCGCGGAGCAUCAUGUUCUCGGCGUGCCAGCGCGUGUGAGAAGCGAGACGACGGGGAGGGGCUUAACACUUCACCGGUGACGAGAAGCCUGCAGAUCCAUCACCACUCAACAGGUUGCAGCAAGAUGGCCACCAGUGUCCUCAUGCCCUGCCUCCUCCUGAGCGCCUUACUCACCGUCUCCGCCGGCGGCCUGGUCCAAAAGAUGCUGCGCCAUCGCCGCCAAGCUCCUCAAGGACUCAACGUCACCAAGGACCAGCCGGUGGUUUUCAACCACGUCUACAACAUCCACGUCCCCGCCAGCAGCCUGUGCUCCGGCAGCCCGGACGACGCCGAGAGCGCGCGGCCGACGGAGACCGCCUUGGCCUCUGGUCGCCUGGCCACGCAGCAGGCCGUCGACGGCGAGAACCAAAUGGUCUUCACCCACCGCAUCACCAUCCCCCGCCAGGUGUGUGGCUGCGGCGCGGAGGAGCAGGCCCUCAGGGACCUCAGGAGCCGCAUGGAGAUGCUGGAGGGGUUGGUUUUGGCCUUGAGGAGUCAGUGCGCCGGCGUCGUCAACACCUGUGGUGGCGCCCAGGUGGCAGGGAACGUGCAAAGCGAGCCUCUCUGUGGCGGCCGUGGGAUCUACAUUGCUGAGAACUGCAGCUGUCGGUGCGAGCCCGGCUGGACGGGUCCCAACUGCACCGAGUCCCAGUGUCCCAACAUGUGCCGAGGACGAGGACUCUGCGUGGAGGGCGUGUGCGUCUGCGCAGAAGGGUUCCUCGGCGAGGACUGUUCUGAGCCGAUCUGCCCCAAAAACUGCACUGACCGCGGGCGCUGCGACAACGGCACCUGCCGCUGCGAACCCGGCUUCGCGGGGGAGGACUGCGGACGGCGCACCUGUCCCGAGGACUGUCACGGCAACGGCUUUUGCGUGGACGGCCGGUGCGUGUGCGCGGCGGGCUACAGCGGAGCGAGCUGCUCCAGCCUCACCUGCCUCAACGACUGCAGUGAGCGGGGCACGUGCUUCAACGGGAUGUGCAUCUGCGACGACGGGUAUCAGGGCGAGGACUGCAGCCAGCUGGCGUGUCCCAACAGCUGCCACAGCAGGGGCCAAUGCGUCAACGGGCGCUGCGCCUGCGACGUGGGCUUCGGCGGCGGCGAUUGCUCCGAGCUCUCCUGCCCCGGCAACUGCCUCCAGAGGGGGCGCUGCAUCAACGGGCAGUGCGUGUGCGAGGAAGGGUUCGCCGGCGAGGACUGCGGCGUCAGGACCUGCCCCUCCAACUGCUUCGGCCGCGGCGAGUGUGUCGAGGGGAGUUGCUUGUGCCACCCGGGGUUCGCCGGCGACGACUGCGCCUUGCUGAGCUGCCCGAACCACUGCCGCGACCACGGCCGCUGCAUAGACGGGCAGUGCGUGUGCGACGAAGGGUUCGCCGGCGAGGACUGCGGUCGGAAAGCGUGUCUCAACGACUGCCUGGCCCGAGGAAACUGCGAGGGCGGCGUGUGCGUCUGCCAGGAAGGAUACUCGGGGGCCGACUGCUCCGCGCACACGUGCCCGGACAACUGCAACGACAGGGGGCGCUGCAUCAACGGGAGGUGCGUCUGCGAGAGCGGGUAUGAAGGGGAGAGCUGCGCGGAGCUGAGAUGCCUCAACAACUGUCACGACCGAGGACGCUGCAUGAAGGGGCAGUGCCUCUGCGACGAGGGAUACAUCGGCGACGACUGCGCCGACGUGUCCCCUCCGAGGGAGCUUUCUGUGGACGAGGUCACUGCGGAGACGGUGGCCUUGUCCUGGGUCAACGACAUGCUGGUGACCCAGUACCUGGUCACCUACGUGCCCACUCAGCCCGGCGGGCUACCCCGGGAGUUGACCGUGCCGGGAGACCGGACCACCGCCACAGUCAGAGAGCUGGAGCCGGGCCUGGAGUACCAGGUCAACGUCUACGCCGUCCUGAGCAACAAGAGGAGCGUCCCGGUCAGCGCCAGGGUGGCCACAGCUCUCCCCCGGCCAGAAGGCCUGAGGUUCAAGUCCGUCAGGGAAACCAGCGUUGAGGUGGCGUGGGAGCAGCUCAGCUUCCCCUUCGAUGGCUGGGAGAUCUACUUCCGCAACACGAAAGAAGAAAACGGAAAGGUGGUGAGCGUCGUUCCCCCUUCUCAAGAUGGCUUCCGUCAGUCGGGCCUGGGACCUGGCCAGGAAUACGAAGUGUCCGUCAGCGUCAUCAAGAACAACACCCGGGGACCCCCGACCUUCACACGAGUCACGACCAACAUUGACGCCCCGCAGCAGCUCCAGGUCCAGGACGUGACCGACUCCUCCGCACUGGUCAGCUGGUCUCAGCCGGUAGCGCCGUCUGACCGGGUCACCGUCUUUUACCAGCCCGGCUCCGCCUCCUCCGAGGGCUCCAAGGUGGAGAUCUUCCCGCCGGACAAGCAGCACAGCCUGGAGGGUCUGCAGCCCGACACGGAGUACACCGUGUCCCUGGUCUCCCGCUGGCGAGAUGCCAGCAGCCAGCCGGCGGUGGCCAACUUCACCACAGCGCUGGACGCCCCCAGGGAGCUGGCGGCGGUGUCCCAGACGGAGAACACCGUCACGCUACGUUGGCGCAACACCCGGGCCGACGUGGACAGCUACCGGGUGAAAUACAGUCCGCUGUCAGGGGCCGCUCACGGCGAGGAAGCGUUCCCUCGGGGACCCGGGGACUUCACCACGGCGACCAUCCGCGGUCUGAAGCCGGGGACCGAGUACGGGGUCGGCGUGACCGGCGUGAAGAUGGAGCGGGAGAGUCUUCCGGCCACCGUAAACGCCGCCACGGACCUGGACCCGCCGAGGGCUUUGGAGCAAACGGCGGCCACGGAGACCUCCCUCGCCAUCCGCUGGCAGAAGCCUCGCGCCAAGGUCAGCGGCUACAGGCUUGUGUACGUCUCCGAGGACGGCCGGGUGGAGGAGGCCGAGGUCCCCCCCGCCGACACCGCCUUCGUCUUGGUGGACCUGGCGCCCGCCAUGAGCUACACCAUCACCUUGACCGCGGAGCGAGGCCACAAGAUGAGCGCGCCGGUCACCAUGACCGCCUCCACAGUACUUCCCACACCGGGGGCGCUCGCCCCGUCGUCCCCCCCCGAAGUCCAAACGCCGGACAACGCCACCUCCUCGGGGCGCCUCGAGGUCCGUAACGUCACCCCCACCGCCGUCAGCCUGGCCUGGUCGGUGCCGGACGAGCCUUACCGGGGCUUCUCGGUGGAGCUCGCCGCUCCGUCGGCGCCGAGCCGCGUGACCGCGCUCACGGGAAGUGAGAGGGGCGUGGAAAUAGGGGGGUUGACCCCCUCCACGUGCUACGAAGUAACGUUGCAAGGGAUGUUGUCGGAGAACAUCACUGCCGUAACUCUGAAAGCGUUCGCCACAACAGAGGCCCCCAAGCCCACAGUGGGCGAGCUCGCCUUUUCCGAGGUGACGUGGGACGGCUUCACGGCGUCUUGGAGCCCCUCGGCCGGCGCCGACUUUGACAGCUUCGUGGUCGAGGUAACCAACCUGGACAAUAUGGCGGAGAGGCGGAACCUCACCGUGUCGGGGGGCGCCCUCAGCCUGGCCCUGUGGGGGCUGAACGCCAACACCAGCUACAUGGUUGGUCUGUACGGGCUCCACCGGGGCUCCUUCCUGGAGCCCGUGUACGCCGAGGCGGUCACAGCGUGUCAGCCGGCGCUCGGUCGUCUUUACGUGUCCGACGUGACCUCGGAGAGCUUUUUGCUAGCCUGGAACGACUCCCGGGGACACUUUGAGGGUUUUGUGCUGGAGAUUAUUGACUCCGGUUGGCUGACGCGGCCCCAGGAGUACAACCUGUCCCGCGACGCCACGUCACAGCGGGUCUCCGGGCUCCGGCCCGGCUCCGACUAUGUAGCCUACCUCUACGGGACGCUCGGGGCCUCCCGAACGAGCGCUGUCAGUGUUGUCGCCUCGACAGCUGAAGAGCCCGAUUUGUCCAGGCUAGUUGUUUCUAACGUUACCUCAGACAGAGUGUCUCUGUCGUGGCGGGCGGGCGACAAGGCGUUUGAUAACUUUGUAGUUGAAGUCAGAGAGUCUGCUUUGCCCUCGCAGGCGAUGGGCCAGGCAUUGCCCGGCCACGUGCGCUCCACGGUCAUGGCCGGCCUAAAAGCCAGUACACGCUACGACCUAAAGCUGUACGCCAGCGCCGGCGGCCGCAACACCCAGCCUUUAUUCGCUGUCGCUACCACAGAGGACGCCCCCCUGUUGGGGCCCCUAGCCGCUUCAUCCCCGAGUCCGCAUAACCUCACCUUGACGUGGAGCACUGCGUCGGGCCACUUUGAUGGCUUCGUUAUCCGAGUCGCUGACUCGGAACAGCAAUCAGAGCCGCUGGAGUUUAGUCUUCCGGGUGACGCCUUGAACUUAACCGUCUCAAACUUGAUGGACGCCACGGGCUAUAACGUUGAACUGUACGGGCUUUCUCACGGGCGCCGCACUCCUUCGGUGGUAGCCCAUGCCUCCACAGUUCCUUUGCCCAAAGUGGAAAACUUGACCGUUUCGAACGUCACCCCCUUCGGCUUCCGUGUGUCAUGGGGGGUGAAGCAGCGGCAGGCCCGGGAGGAACCUGCGCCCUCCGGUGGCCGUUUCAGUUACUUUAACCUGGUGGUGACCGACUCGGGCUGGCUGCUGCCGCCCCAGGAGUUCUCAGUGCCGGGAAACCAGAGCCACCUGGACAUCUGGGGGCUCAUUACCGGUAUAGGCUAUGAGGUCAGGCUGACGGGCGUGUCAGAGGCGGGGCUCCGCUCUCGGCCCCUCACCACUGUGGCUGUCACAGAGGCGGAACCCGAGGUGGACCACCUUUUUGUGUCUGACAUCACCGCUGAUGGCUUCCGCGUGUCCUGGGCGGCGGAUGAAGACCUCUUCGACCGAUUUGUCAUCAAACUGCGGGACAGCAAGAGGUCCGGACGCCCUCAGGAGCACGUUGCCGCCGGAGACGAGCGAACCAGGCGAAUCACUGGACUUGUGGGGGGCACUGAGUAUGAAAUUGAGCUGUACGGCAUAUCUUUGGACCACAGAUCCCAACCGAUCUUUGGUGUAGCUCAGACAGGCCUGAUGACACCAAAAGGCCUUCGUUUUUCUGACGUAACCGACUCCUCGGCUGUCGUCCAUUGGUCCAUGCCUCAGUCGGCAGUAGACAACUAUCACAUCACAUACGGGCCCUUUGAAGGAGGAAGCCCCAUGGCGGUCACUGUGGAUGGCGACGUCCUCCAGGCCUUACUGCCCAACAUGAGUCCCGGCAGGGUGUACCAGGUGACCGUCAGUGCCAUGAAGGGUCUGGAGGAGAGCGACCCCAGUGCUGACUCCGUAACCACAGCUUUGGACCGACCUCGAGGUCUGACCGUGAUGAAUGUGACGGACAGCUCUGCUCUGUUGCUCUGGCAACCGUCCGUGGCCCUGGUGGACGGAUACGUGGUCACGUACACCUCCGAGUCAGCAUCUCCAGUCGUAGAGCGUGUUUCCGGAGCUACGACAGAGUUAGCCGUGGGGUCGCUGGCUGCGGGAAGUCUCUACACUGUGGAGCUCUUUUCCACCAAAGAGGCUCAGAAGAGUGCGUCUAUUGGAACAGAAUUUACCACUGAUGUGGACCCUCCCCGAGAUCUGGCGGCCGUCAACAUCGAAGCAGACAGCGCCACUCUAACCUGGAAGCCUCCGCAGGCCUCCGUCAGCGCCUACGUCCUCACCUUCUCCUCAGCGGACGGCUCGGCCCGGGAGGUGACGCUGAGCCCCACCGCCUCGUCCUACAACAUGGCCGAGCUGGCCAAGUCCACGGAGUACACGGUCCGAAUGCGGGCCGUCGCCGGAGACGGGAGGAGUCGCCACGUGGCCACGGUCUUCACCACAGACGGAGAGCUGCACCGACACCCCAAAGACUGCGCCCAGAUCUUCCUGAACGGAGAGACGGCGUCGGGCGUGUACACGGUCUACGUGGGCGGCGUGGACAGCCAGGCCAUCCAGGCGUACUGCGACAUGGAGACUGACGGCGGGGGAUGGACGGUCUUCUUGAGGCGUCAGAACGGCAAGCUGGACUUCUUCCGGAACUGGAAGAACUACACGGCUGGGUUCGGGAACGUGGACGACGAGUUCUGGCUGGGUCUCAGCAAUCUUCACAAGAUGACGUCUGGCGGCCACUACGUUCUGCGCGUGGACCUGAGGGACGGCGGCGAGUCGGCCUACGCUCAGUACGACAGAUUCACCAUCGCGGAGCCCAGGACGCGCUUCAAGAUCUACAUUGGGGCUUACAGCGGCACGGCAGGCGACUCCAUGACGUACCACCAGGGCCGCCCCUUCUCCACCUACGACAACGACAACGACAUCGCCGUCACCAACUGCGCGCUGUCCUACAAAGGAGCCUUCUGGUACAAAAACUGCCACCGCGUCAACUUGAUGGGCAAACAUGGCGACACCAGCCACAGCAAGGGCGUCAACUGGUUCCACUGGAAGGGGCACGAAACCUCCAUCCAGUUCGCCGAGAUGAAAAUGCGGCCGGCCGACUUCGGGAGUUUCCAGACCAGGUAAAAAAAAUAGUAAAAAAUGGUCUUUGCCACGCUCAGAGAGGACGGCUGUGCUAGCGACCUGACGACACAUUUGGACACACUUCAAAGGCGCUAAUUAGUCACACACAAAAAACAUUUUUAUCAACUUUAUGGUGAUUUAAGUAUUAUUGAAAUUGUUGUUAAUGUCACAGGAGACGUAACUGCCGAUACAAAUAAACAUUGUUUGCCUGAAAACAGAAA